CGAGGCGAGGCGGCGCGCGGGCCGGCGGGCCGGCCAUGGAGGCGGACGGGGCCGGGGAGCAGAUGCGGCCGCUGCUGACCCGGGGUCCUGAUGAAGAAGCAGUCGUAGAUCUUGGAAAAACCAGUUCAACCAUUAAUACCAAAUUUGAAAAAGAAGAACUAGAAAGUCAUCGAGCUGUGUAUAUUGGUGUACAUGUUCCGUUUAGUAAAGAAAGUCGCCGACGUCAUAGACAUCGUGGGCAUAAGCAUCAUCAUCGAAGAAGAAAAGACAAAGAAUCAGAUAAGGAAGAUGGCCGUGAAUCUCCUUCUUAUGACACACCAUCCCAGCGUGUCCAAUUUAUCCUUGGUACUGAAGAUGAUGAUGAAGAACACAUUCCCCAUGAUCUCUUCACUGAAAUGGAUGAACUUUGUUAUAGGGAUGGUGAAGAAUAUGAGUGGAAAGAAACUGCUAGGUGGCUAAAAUUUGAAGAGGAUGUUGAAGAUGGUGGGGAUCGAUGGAGCAAGCCUUAUGUGGCGACCUUGUCUUUGCACAGUCUGUUUGAACUGAGGAGCUGCAUCCUGAAUGGAACAGUCAUGUUGGACAUGAGGGCAAGCACUCUGGAUGAAAUAGCAGAUAUGGUGCUGGACAACAUGAUUGCCUCUGGCCAGUUGGAUGAUUCGAUAAGAGAGAAUGUCAGGGAGGCACUUUUGAAGAGACAUCAUCAUCAAAAUGAGAAAAGGUUCACGAGCCGGAUUCCCCUUGUGCGAUCUUUUGCAGAUAUAGGCAAGAAACAUUCUGAUCCUCACUUGCUUGAACGGAAUGGCAUUUUGGCAUCUCCACAGUCAGCACCUGGAAACUUGGACAGUAGCAAAAGUGGAGAAGCUAAAGGUAAUGGAACUGGAGGAAGCAGAGAAAAUAGUACUGUUGACUUCAGCAAGGUUGACAUGAAUUUCAUGAGGAAAAUACCUACGGGAGCUGAAGCAUCCAAUGUUUUGGUGGGAGAAGUAGAUUUUUUGGAAAGGCCCAUCAUUGCAUUUGUGAGACUGUCCCCCGCUGUCCUCCUCUCUGGCCUGACUGAAGUUCCAGUGCCCACCAGGUUUUUGUUUCUAUUACUGGGCCCCGCAGGCAAGGCACCACAGUACCAUGAAAUUGGGAGAUCAAUAGCCACCCUCAUGACAGAUGAGAUUUUCCAUGAUGUUGCGUAUAAAGCAAAAGAUAGAAAUGACCUCCUUUCGGGAAUCGAUGAAUUUUUAGAUCAAGUAACUGUUCUGCCUCCGGGAGAAUGGGACCCUUCUAUACGCAUUGAGCCACCAAAGAGUGUGCCUUCUCAGGAGAAGAGGAAGAUCCCUAUGUUUCCAAAUGGAUCUACACCUACAUCAGGUGAGAUGCAGAAAGAGGAGGGCCACCACGCUGGACCAGAACUGCAGAGGACUGGCAGGCUUUUUGGUGGUUUGAUACUUGACAUCAAAAGGAAAGCACCUUUUUUCUUGAGUGACUUCAAGGAUGCAUUAAGCCUGCAGUGCCUGGCCUCGAUUCUUUUCCUAUACUGUGCCUGUAUGUCUCCUGUAAUCACUUUUGGAGGGCUCCUUGGAGAAGCUACAGAAGGCAGAAUAAGUGCAAUAGAGUCUCUUUUUGGAGCAUCGUUAACUGGGAUCGCCUAUUCAUUGUUUUCUGGGCAGCCACUUACAAUCUUAGGAAGUACAGGACCAGUUCUUGUAUUUGAAAAAAUAUUAUUUAAAUUCUGCAAAGAUUACAGUCUUUCUUAUCUGUCAUUACGGACCAGCAUCGGUCUCUGGACUUCCUUCUUGUGCAUUGUCUUGGUGGCAACAGAUGCAAGCAGUCUUGUGUGUUACAUCACUCGCUUUACCGAGGAAGCCUUUGCAGCCCUCAUUUGCAUCAUUUUCAUCUAUGAAGCAUUGGAAAAGCUCUUUCAUUUAGGAGAAGUCUAUGCUUUUAACAUGCACAAUGACUUAGACAAACUGACAUCCUAUUCGUGUUCGUGUACUGAGCCAUCAAAUCCUAGCAAUGAAACCCUCAAGAGAUGGAUUGAGAUGAAUAAGUCGGCACAGACAAUUUCAUGGGGCAACCUUACGGUUUCUGAAUGUAAAAAAUUACACGGUGUCUUCCUGGGCCCAGCCUGUGGUCAUCAUGGGCCCUAUAUUCCUGAUGUACUCUUCUGGUGUGUCAUCUUAUUCUUCACAACGUUCUUUCUCUCAUCAUUCCUGAAGCAGUUUAAGACCAAGCGUUAUUUUCCUACCAGGGUCCGAUCAACAAUCAGUGACUUUGCUGUGUUUCUCACCAUAGUAACUAUGGUUGCCAUUGACUACCUUGUAGGUGUUCCUUCUCCUAAACUACAUGUUCCUGAGAAAUUUGAGCCUACUCAUAAAGAGAGAGGUUGGAUCAUAAGCCCACUGGGUGAUAAUCCAUGGUGGACGUUAUUAAUAGCUGCUAUUCCAGCGCUGCUUUGUACUAUUCUUAUUUUCAUGGAUCAACAAAUCACAGCAGUCAUCAUAAAUCGAAAGGAACAUAAGUUGAAGAAAGGAGCUGGGUAUCAUCUGGAUUUGCUCAUGGUUGGUGUGAUGUUGGGCAUUUGCUCAAUUAUGGGUCUGCCAUGGUUUGUGGCUGCAACAGUUCUUUCUAUAAGUCACGUAAACAGCUUAAAAGUUGAAUCUGAAUGUUCUGCUCCAGGAGAACAACCUAAAUUUUUGGGAAUCCGAGAACAGCGAGUUACAGGCUUACUUAUUUUUGUCCUAAUGGGCCUGUCUGUGUUCAUGACUUCUGUAUUAAAGUUUAUUCCAAUGCCAGUUCUGUAUGGUGUCUUUCUUUAUAUGGGAGUUUCUUCAUUAAAAGGCAUCCAGUUUUUUGACCGCAUCAAAUUAUUUGGAAUGCCUGCUAAACAUCAACCAGAUCUAAUAUAUCUCCGUUAUGUACCCCUCUGGAAGGUCCACAUCUUUACAGUCAUUCAGCUCACCUGUUUGGUUCUCUUAUGGGUGAUAAAAGCUUCAGCUGCUGCAGUUGUUUUCCCCAUGAUGGUUCUUGCAUUGGUGUUUAUCCGCAAACUAAUGGACUUGUGUUUUACUAAACGAGAGCUGAGCUGGCUUGAUGAUCUCAUGCCAGAAAGUAAAAAAAAGAAAGAAGAUGACAAACAGAAGAAAGAAAAGGAGGAGGCUGAACGGCUGCUUCACGCUGAUGACAGUGACACUGUGCACCUUCCCUUUGAAGGGGGGAGUCUCCUGCAGAUUCCAGUGAAGGCCCUCAAGUACAGUGUUGAUCCUUCAGUUGUUAACAUAUCAGAUGAAAUGGCCAAAACCGCCCAGUGGAGAGCCCUUGCCAUGAGCACCGAGAGCGCCAAAGCAUCCAGGCCGAGUAUGAGCUCUUUACAGCUCAUCCUUCCCUCUUCACCUUUCCUCUCAUCCUCCAGUCAACAUUUUGGCCCCGUUUGGACGCCCCCUAGCCCAGAAAAACCAGUGAGUGUGAAAAUAAAUCUUGAAGACGAACCUACAAGGAAAUAUGUGGAUGCUGAAACAUCAUUAUAGAACUAAACCAAGAAGAAUUAUGUGUGUGUUGUGUGUUUGUAUAGACGAUUUUUGGCUGCCAUACCACCAAAGUGUGACUCCCGUGCUUUUUGAAAGUGUCUGACAUAUAUGCUAGGAGCACAGUAGUGACUGUAAAUAUAAUAAGGUGGGUCUCUUGUGAGUAAGGUACAUAGUUAUUAAUUAUCCUUUGAAUAUUUAUUCUGUUAGAAAAAUUACUUUUCAGUUUUGAAAUAGGAAGAUGUGGGAAAAGCAUAAGUGUAUUUUUUUUUCUGAAAAAUCUGUAUGUGUACCAAAAGUUAAUCAUCAACCCUAGUUUAUAUUUGUCCCUAUAUUUAUUAUUGAGAGAUCUCUGUGAAUUUUAAUCUGAAUUAUUUAAAAAUUUCACCUUUUCCCCAAUUAUUGUUUUGAGUUUCAUGGAAAAACGUGAAUCUUUUUUGUUGGUUUUAUGAAACAGAAGGUAGCAUGCCUAGUAGAUGACAAGUAGCUUCUUGGUUUUCCUCUGGUUGUAUGGACUUCUUUAUGCAGGUGGCCAUAUUGAUAUUCUCCAGAGAUGGAUUUUUAGCCAUAGAGGUAAAUGUGAAAUAUUUAUUGGAGGAUUUAUAUUUAUGACCUUCACUUUUUUUAAAGCUAAAAGGAACAGUAACAACAUCAACAACAACAAAAUCCACCCUCUUUUUCCAGGAUAAUAAUACUCAAGUCAAAAUGUAGGUGUUUUUAAAAUAUACUUUUACCCCCAUACCAGUGUUAACUACUCUGUCUACUCAUAAUUAUCAUUUUAGACACUCUAAAACAACUGUUUUCAGUAGUUUGAAACACAUUAGGCUUUGUUACAAUCUUUUUUUUUUUUUUUCAUGAAUCCUUGAUUACAGUUGAACAUCAUUUACCUGUUAGCUGUUCUCUUAUAUAUCAAAUUUAGGAAAACAUGUAUAAAUGACAUGUUCUCUCAUCCCAUAAAGCAUUGUUGCUCUCAUUUUCUUAGAAUGUUUUAGUUUAGUUAUCAGGUUCAAUUCUUGAUUAUUUUUCAUUUAAAAGAAGUGUGAUUAAAUAAUCAGGAGUCAGAAUUCUGGAAUGGGUUUAUGAUCAGUAUUACUUUAUGGGUUCUUAAGAAUUACCUUGGAUUUUCUGUUUACAUUUCCAUUCUUCCCACUGUAUAGAACAUAUUUAAUAUAAUGCUAACGUUGGUUUUGUUUCUAACAUUUUAUUUAUUUUAAUUGGUGUAAAGAUUAAAUUCUGUACAAAAAUUUAAGGUGAUGCAUAUACUUGUAGAGUACAUGUGCUCAUGUAAAUAGUUGGGGCUCUCUUACAUUUAUGAUUAAUUCCCUGAAAGAAUACAGUUGACAAAUUUCACAAAUUUGAUAUUAAACACUGCCAUGUUAGUGUUUUUCAAGGAAAUUAAACAUUUUAUGUAAAGCUCAGACUAUUGGUGACCUACCUACUUAAACGAUUUGGAUUACUCUUUUUUUUCCCCCCUUUGUCUUUUUCUUUUAUUUUUUACCCAAGCUAGUAAGUCUUUUUGGUCAUCUUUUAUAUUAUCUUUGUUCGGAGUUAACUCCUAACAUGAAAUGAAUAAAUAUUGUUGUUACUAAACCUGUAGGACUGGAUGAAUGGGGUUGCGCAACUGAUUUGGCAAGAGGAUAAUUCUUAAAAGCUAAACAUGUAUUGAGUUAGUAUGGAAAUCUGUAAAAUGGUGUCAGUGACACAAAAAUUAAAUUUGAUUUGAUAGUCUGAGAUUUCUUUGUAGAGAAGGUGGAGUAGUAUGAAGGAUAGAACUUAGAGCACAUCAGAAAUAAUGAGGCAAGAAUUAGAACCCAUCAUGAGUUUUUGGAACCAAGAGUAAAAGUAUGUUUCAGAGUGUCCAAAGCUUUAUUGGUUGACUCCAAUUUAAUGCAUGAACAAAAACGCUUCUCUUUUGUCAUUUAGACAUUUUCUUCUCUGUGCUAUCUGUGUGGAUAAUUUCCACCCCAAAUGAAAGCUUAGUAAUAUAGCUUCUUUUCUUUAGAAAGCCAGAUUGUCAGCAUCAGCUUAUAUCUUUUGCGGUCCUCCUGAAUAUUACUCUACCAGCAACUGAUUUACACAAUGUUAUCCAUGGUGCUCGUAACUCACUGUGCUUCCAUUUAAAUAAUUCCUCUUUAUUUUCAACAGUAUAAACAUUUACAAGAGACUCAUUUAUUUGCUAUUCAUCUUAAACUUUUAAAAUAUCUUCUGUUGAGCGCUAAGAUUUCCCCAUAGCCUUCUGAACUUGGAUAUGGGACACCAAAGGAUUCAUGAUCCAGACCAUUUUAUAGGAUGUGGUAAUUAUUAAAUUUAAAGGGAAAAGUAUCCUGGGAUCAUAGUGUUUUAGUGAUUUUGUUUAAUUAUGUAAAUUACCUUGUGCCAGAAAAACCAUGAAUUUCAAAACUUUACAUUCAAAAUCAUUUUUCUAUGUUCUUCAUAGUUGAUAUUUUCUGCUUCAUCUAAACUACUUUGACAAAUAAUAUGAUCUGAUGUGAGUAUUCCGUAAGAUACCAGUGGUAACUCAUGUUUAAGUAAUUUACUGCUUGCUUUAUUUAAAUGUUUCACUGUUUUAAAAACAAAAAUCAUGGAUGGAGAAUGCAUUAUAAGACAGUGAAGGUUAUGACCUGUUUUGUGUAGAUAAAAAUGUUGCCUUAAUGGUAUAAAUGAGCAGUAAUAAUUACUAUGCACUGAUUUACCUCAGGGUGCAAAACAAGCCAAUCUAUAGUCCAUUUUGAAAAUAAACAAAAAGAAAUAAUCCAGCACUUUCUUGAUGUCAUUGGUUGCCAGGGAUGGAGCUUUGUGCUACUGAAUAUAACCUGGCUACUCGAGCCACCUCAGGACAUUCAUUCCUUUGGCUUCCCUCGAUUGUUUAUUUAUAGAUAUGGAGAAUUAUGAUGAGACCGGAUUUUGAACAACUGAGGUUUAACUAUCUUCGCAACAGACUUUGAUUCUUAAAUUAACCAUACAAACUUUCUCAUAAUAAAAGAAUGAUUUUCUAUUUUAGUUUUAGUAGAUAUGCUAAAGUCAAUCAUACGUUCCCCCUUCCCUACCCCCCCACCCAUCCCCACUUUUUGGGGACUUUGAGAUAGUUCUGAUCUUUUAAACUUUUUUUUUUGGAAGGGGGUGGUGGUAUAUUUUUAAGGAAGAAAAAGGCAGUGUGUGGCAUACAGUGUUCAUAUUUGCCAAGUCUUUGCAAAAUUUGUAGGGCUUAAUUUAAAUACACUAAUUUUAAAAAUUAGAAUUCUCUAUCAGUCAAAAAUAUCUGCCAAUUUAAUUAGCAAAACAUUUCUUCAGACUCCAAAAUGCAUUUAUAUGUAUAUACAGUAACUUUUGCCCUUUCAUAAGGCAGGUUUAAAUCAAUGUUCUGUUAAAAAUCAUCUGAAAUUGAGGGUGUAAUAUGAGAGCUUGCUACUUUAAAGGGGUUUUAUUGUGUACAUACGUUCUGUAAAUGUGCUAAGCAAUUUAAAUGGUAAUAGUUUUUAAAUGCACAGAUUUCAUAUGUUUAGGCCAUUAAUACCAGGAUGAUUUCUAAUUUUCUUUUUUAUGUUAAUUUAACAUUUUAAAUUAGUCAUGUAGAUCACAUCUUAUGAAGUACAAAUGUGAAAGAUAUCUUUUGUUUUAUACCAACAAUAAUUUAUUUUCUAGAAAGUAAAUUUAAGGCUUCAAAGACGUUUGGAGUCUGGAAUAGUGUUCUAAAUGCAAAAAUUGUCUAGUGAUAUUUUAAUAUAAAGUGCUUUUUAUUUGAUAACCUUUAAAAUGUGUCAAUUAUAGGAAAACCAUUAGUUUGAAUAGAAUAAAGAUUCUUUUAUUAAAUUAGCACAUGUUGACAUUCUAAACUGACUUGGAGUAAUGUGUUAAACAUUUAGUCCUUUCCUUUUUUAAAAAAAUCAAAUUUAUUAAAAUAGUGAUUCACUUGGUAUUUGUAAUUUUUUCUUUUGUUGAUACAUUGUAUAUGAUUUGUGUAUGGGGGGAUGUCUUCUAAUGUUCAGCACAUUUAAGUGAACAGAAAUUGAAUUUAGUGUUCAUUUAUAUACAGUUUGGUAAUUUGUGUAAUUACACAGUACAAUUCCAAUUUUUUAUGAUUAUUUUAUAAUUACACUAGCCUUUUUUUUUCUUUUGUAAAAAAUCCACUGCAAGGUAAAUCUACUCCAAAUGUAGACCUGAUAUUUUUUUUGUAUGAAGUACACGUCUCUCCAACAUGUCUAUAAUGUGAAAGAUCCUGCCUUUCAAAUUUGUUUUAUAAUUAUUAGAAGAAAACUAUUUUUUGAAAUGUUACUGAAUUUGACAAAAGCAAUAAAAGUCUACCGAACUUUUUUGUUGAA